AUGACCUGCUGUCACAAUGUACUGCUGCUACUGGACACUGCUGGUACCGCCAGGAAGAACCAUGUCCAGCUGGUCGCCCUACGAGUUCUUAACUACCUAAGCUGCCGUUUCGGCCUGGGCAGGGUUCGCUGGGGUUUCCAGUUCUUCGACUCUCUGGGGGCCCGAAGCCGGCCCUCGCGGGUUUCCGAUUUCCGUGAGCUGGGGCCCAGCAGCUGGGAAGACUUCGAGGAGGAACUGGAGGCCAGGUUCUCGGACCGGUCCCAGCGUCCUCACUUGCUGGGCCCAGCGACCAGGGCCUCCCACAUCCAGAACGUCCUGACAGAAACUCUCCUCGAUUACCAGUGGGACAGGCCUGACAUCUCUUCGCCUACGAAACCCUUCCUGAGAAGCAGCAGGCGACGGUUGCUGGGGUCCCCUGAUGAACCCGGAGGGGCUGAUGCUGACUUCAGGGGCUUUGUGAAUGCCGUUUUCCUCUUUUCCCCAUGCCCUCAUUCCCAGAGGGAGCUGCUGCAGUUUGUGGCCAGAAGUGAUGCCCAUUCUCAGCACCUACUGCCCACCACCCAAGUGGUCAUGGAAAAGCUAUUACCCAAGAGAGUCCAGGAAAUUCUGAUGGACAGGAAGAUUUCUCUUUAUUGGGUGGAUACUACUGAAACCUUUAAGCUACAAGACUCCCCAGACCACCUUGGAUACUGGACAAUGUUUGAACUGUUCCACCGUAUAAGAGGGACUAUUUUGCCUUCUGAAACUUUAGCCCAUUGCUUUAAUCAAGAUGGUGAAAAGUUGCCUUACUGUGAAAGGGUGAAUGCUGACCAGGCACCUGCUCAACCCCAGUUCUCCUCAUGGAUUUCAAGUUUGCCAUUUGAGUCCACUUUAAACUGCUUGCUAUGCCAUUCACCCAAACACCAGGCAUCGUUUCCACAGAUAGAAGGGACAUUAUUCCUGCCUGUUAAAGGUAAUAAGCCUCAACAGACAUGGACAGUCACUCUUGAGCCUUUGGCUGUGCAUCAAAGGAACUUUGAGAGACCAGUCAGUAUUUUCUUGAAUGGCAUUGUAACCCACUGGACUCAUCCAAUGAGCAACAGGUUUGGCACAGAUAGCUGGAUGCUACAGAGCAUGGGGAAUGAGAAAUCAGAACAAGGAAACUUAUUUCAGCAACUCAUUAGAAGACUGACAGUUGAAGAAUUACAUUUGGUUGCUGAUGUAGUUCCUGGUGAAGGUUGCCCACCUAGUACUGGAAUUAUAUCUCCUCUCUCUGCUACUGCUACAAUUCUCACUGUGUUUCGCAAUGAACACAGUGAGUUUCAGGAAAAUCUCCAUGAAGGUGUGACAGACAAUCUUCAGGAUACAACAUACCUUCUCCCAGGUGUUAUAAAUAGUGUCCUGAACCAGAUUCAUAAGUCACAUGAAAAUUCUGAUACCUUUGUGGAUAUUCCUGUUCCUGAGUGGGCCCAGCAGGAACUAAGCCAAACUCAUCCUUGGAGUGUUGCAAUUGUGGAAAAAUGGUUUCCUUUCUCUAAUCACAGUGGUGCCAGUUCAAAUUUAAUGGAAUUAUUUUGGUUACUACAGGCUACAUCUAAUAAUAAGGAAGACUCUUCUAGGAUAGAAGGAGAGUUAACACAUUUUCUUUCUGAGUUCUACCAGAGAAAAUCUCGUGAAGAAUUUACUGCAAUUAAUCAAGAAGAUAACAAAAAGAAACGAGGGGUCCCUGGUACUCCAGUCAGACAAAAGAUGAAGAGCAUGUCACGGUCUCUAAAAAUGUUGAAUGUUGCAAGGUUGAAUGUUAAAGCUCAGAAACUUCAGCCAGAUUGCAGCCCAUCCUCAUCAACUGGGGAGAAAAUAGUCCAAAAGACAGCUGCCAGAAGAACUGAGGAAAAAUUAGAAGAAAAAGGAAAAAUGUUAAGAAGUUCUAAACCUAAAGAUUUUAAAACUGAGGAGGAGCUACUUUCUCAUUUAAAUGAAAACUACCAAAAAACUGUGGACAUGGGAGAAAUAUCGACACAUUCAAGUGCCCAAAAUAUGAUUUUAGCCAUUAAAAUGUUCCUAAAAUCCAGAAGCACCAAUGAAUUAGAAAUGACCUGUUUAGAUCGAGUAAAAAAUUAUCUCCUAAAGACUAGUAAAGGUCUUCGACAGCAACUGAAGAAAAAUCUGGAUAAGGAGACCAAAAUCAGAGAGUGCCAGCUUCAAGUGUUUCUUCGUUUGGAGGUAUGUUUGCAGUGCCCUUCAAUACAGAACAGUUCAGAUGACAUGGAACACUUAGUAGAAGAGGUGACAGACUUGCUUCGAGCAGUUUGUUUAAUUGAGGACUCAGCAUAUUUAUCAAGGUUUUUGGAGGAAAUUUUGGGAUUGUAUAUUAACUCCAUUCCAAAGACACUUGGAAAUCUUUACUAUAGCCUAGGAUUUGUGAUUCCCCAGAAGCUAGCUGUCAUCCUUCCUACAGAUUUCUUCAGUGAUGAUUCCAUGACACAAGAGAGUGGAUCACCAACACUUUCUGUGCCAAAUACUCGUAGCACAGCAUCAUUCAGCACUGAAUCUGACCAACUGGAGGAACUCCGUAUCCGAUCAGCCAAGAAAAGGAAACAUGCAUUAACAAGACAUAGGAGUGUGACAGAAUCAGCACAGAAUCUUCGGCAAAUUGAAAUUCCUAAAGUUCCCAAGAGAGCUACCAAAAAAGAAAACUUUCAUCCUGGUCAACAGCCUCCACUCCCAGGAAAAGAUUUGGUUCAAGAAGUAACCAAGGUUCGAAGAAACCUUUUCAACCAAGAGAUGCUUUCUCCUUCAAAAAGAUCUCUGAAAAGACUGCCCCGAAGUCAUUCAGUGUCAGCUGUUGAAGGAUUGAAAUACAAAGUUGAUGGCUUCAAGGAGAUUCAAGAUUAUCAUAAAUUGCUGACAAAGAGAGUAUCGGAGACUCCAUUGCACAAACAGGUAUCUGGAAGACUACUUCAAAGACAAAUUAAGGGCAGGUCCUCUGAUCCCGGCCCUGACAUUGAGGUUGUUGAAGAAUCCCCUGAAAAAGAAGAAUGUGAAAUGAAUGUAAGACGAAGCCCUCGUAUCAAGCAUCUGUCAUUUGUCAGAACAAACUCUGCUUCUUUCUACCCUAUCUCACAACCAAAGCCUCGAAAUAUACAGAGAGUGUUCUUGAGACAAAAGGACGAAUCAGGUACUAAGGAAUGUCCUAUAGUUCAGGGUAUCCGAUCUCCUAAGAGGCUUCUUUUUGGUGCAGUCUCUGAGAUGACUACUCCCACAAAGGAAUUGCCCCAAACUAAAAGGUCUGCAAAAAAUUCAUUGGAGUCUGAGAAGCCUGUUGUUUAUCAGACCCCUAGGAAAAAUGACCAGGAGCCUCGAACCCCUGUUAACAGAAUUCUAAGGAGAUCCCCUCGAACACCCCAAAUGGCAUCUCACACUCCAAGAAAACAAAGAAAAAAUAUUUCAAAAAAUAUAUCAGGAGAUCAGAUGGCUUUUAAGAAUUCUACAGAAGACCUCUCAUCUGAUUUAGAAGUUGCAUCAUUAUCUGUGGCAAGGAAGGAAAGCUCCCUGGCAAAAGAAUUCCCCUCUCCUCUUGAGAAGAUGGAGUUAACUCCCCAAAGGCAAAGAAGUCAGACACCUGAACUUUUAGAGACUCCUCCUUGGUCACUUCAAAGGAAUUCUAGUCUAGCCAAUGUUUCUUGUGUAGGAGCUGAGCUCCCAUUUACUAUCCAGACCACUAAUACUAACUAUAUGACUCCCAUUAAAUAUUCCCAGAAACCACCUCAGAAAUCAGUAGCCUCUACAUCUCAAACAAGGCCUGGCCAAAUAAUGGCAGUAACACCUCUAACUCAGAGAAAUCAAAAUCCAAAUGUUCUCAUACAUACAAUUUCUCAGCCAGUGGAAAAUAUUAAGGAAUUAAAAGAUAAAAGUGCCCAAAACAUAAAAGGAACCGGGAAUAUGGUUGCUGCUUUCACGCCACCUAUUUCUUCCCAAAAAAAAAAACUAUUUAAUUUUCCACCACACAAUGCUUCAGUAAAGACUCCAACUAGGAAAUCUUUUGUGGAUUCUCCUCCUGGACUCAGAGAAUUUAGUUGGAGCAUGCUAGAGAAAUCACCAAAUCUGACAGUUGCACCUCUUGCCUGUGGCCUUAUCUCAACUCCAAGAAAGAGUUCAAGGUUAACUAAAACAAGCAAUUGCCUCCCUCCACCACCUUCCAAAACCAGGAAACAACAUAUGAAUAGAAACAAUUCCAUCCUUGAGAGAAAUGUGUCACUUCACCAGUUCAAUACCUCUGAUUAUGCUACAGUUGAACAAAGAGAUACAGCAACUAUCACCUCAUCCCCUAAAAAGGAACAGAAAAAAGUAAACCUUUCUUCAUUUUCUCCUAAUGAACAUUUUCACUCUCUAGUUGGCGUAGAGUAUGAAUGGUUUAAUUCCUCUCCUCUACUCAUUACCCAGAAUACAACAGAACAGCAGAGCAGUGAUGACUCAGAGACUUGUAUAACACCAGCUGAAGGGUUAAAGAUGGCUCUUACUUGUAAACAGCCUUCUACAUAUGAGAUGACUUCUCCACCCAUUAGGCCCAAGUCUCCUUUGGGACCUUCCUAUGCCCUGCGUUGUACUGCAGAUAGAAGGCAGAGACAGGCUGCAGCAAGACUAGCAGAUCCAAAAGCUUCACCUCAGCUUUCAAAAGACCACCUGAAAGUGAUUUCUCCUAGCCCUCCAACAUAUGAGGUGGAGCUAGAGAUGCAAGCCUCUGGCCUACCCAAACUUCGUAUUAAAAGGGUAGACUCCAGUUCUGUCAAUUCUGAAAACCAAAACAAGGCAGAUACAUCUCUGGAAGGAGGAGAGAACUUUCCUGAUCUUGGGUGCACAUUGCCUCAGGGUAAACCGAGCCAACAUGAAGCUGCUUAUAUCUCUCCUCCAUGUCUUCGUUCUCAUAGUACCCCAGGCAAGAGUGGUGGGCAGAUGUUUAUCUGUCAGUCAUAUACUCCAACUCACUGUGCCUCUAAUACCACCUCCCCUUCCCCAAGAGAUGUUUGGGUUCCCUGGACACCAUCUCCUAGGCACAAAGGGAAGACCACUCCUGAUACCAUCCAAGAUUGGCCAAGAAAAAAGAAGGCAGUGGACAGCAGUAUUAAUUCCUGUGGUGGGAGAAAUGAAAGAGGUUUUGAUCUCUUGGGCAACAUAUCUGGUCUUGAAGAAGAGGGAAAGGAGAGAGUGUUUGAGCAGUGCAUUAGCAAAACUCCUCUCUUGGGGGAUUUUGAACUUGAGGGAAUAUAUCGGCUUCCAGAUCAGUCACCUUCUAGUGACAGUGAGCCUAGAACUGAGGACAGUUUUCCAAAGGGGCAGUUUGGAUUGUUCUCUAGGAAAAGACCCUUUUCCUCUAAGGAAACUGAGAACCAAACCAAAAGAACUUGUGGCAGCCAACAAGGAAACCAGGUCAUUUCUGCCGACAGCAAAACUAGUGAAGAAAGAAAAUCUCCAGGUAGAAGUACAAGACAGUCUUCCUCCACUGGGGAUGAUGAAGUAUUUGUUUCAGGCUCUACUCCACCUAAUGCUAAUGGUGCUGUGAGAAGUUGCCUCUCUGCUAGUGGUCUUCGAGCACUGACCCAGUCUCCACUACUGUAUCAAGGAAAAGCACCUUCCUUUCAGCGAAAGGAUAUUAGAGAUGAAGAGAUGGAUGUAUUUCCAAGUACUACGAACCAAGAAUCUCCUUUCAACAUAGCAAUCUCCCGAAGACACCCCAUUAAUAGAACUUAUUCUCGGAAAAAGCUGCUCAGCUAG